UUCAUGAAAAAAUGUGUGAUUUCAACGAAAGCCCUUUAAAAUUAACAGUAAAGUGGAAUGGCAAGGAGUUUGAUAUCCCAGAGUUCUCUCCGUCGGAUUCCGUAGCGAUGUUAAAGAUCGCUAUCGAGAAUGCUACAGGCGUCCGUCCGGACCGACAAAAAUUACUCAAUGUCAAGUUCCAGGGCAAAGUGGCAACAGACAACUAUACCCUGGCCGAGUUGAACCUCAAGCCGAACCUCAAGAUCAUGAUGAUGGGUUCGCUGGAGGAGGCCAUCCAGGGUGCACAGACCAAGCCUGAGGGGGGGGACGACGUGGUUAACGAUUUGGAUAUUGAGGAGGAAGAGGUGGAUGUGGAAAAUCAAGAGAUAUACCUGGCAAAAAUAAACAAGCGUGUGAGAGACUACAAGAUCAACAUACUCAACGAGCCUCGGCCUGACAAAAAGCUCCUAGUGCUGGACAUAGACUACACACUGUUCGAUCACAGAUCAGUGGCAGAAACAGGUUACGAACUAAUGCGUCCAUUCCUCCACGAAUUCCUAACCUCCGCCUACGAAGACUACGACAUAGUGAUCUGGUCGGCGACCGGCAUGAAAUGGAUCGAAGAGAAGAUGCGACUACUGGGCGUCUCGACGCACCAGGACUAUAAGAUUAUGUUCUACCUGGACUACUUGGCCAUGAUCACGGUGCAUACGGCCAAGUAUGGUACUAUCGAUGUAAAACCUUUAGGCGUAAUAUGGGGCAAAUACCCCCAAUACAGCUCAAAAAACACCAUAAUGUUCGACGACAUCCGAAGAAACUUCAUCAUGAAUCCGAAGAGCGGUCUCAAAAUCCGACCGUUCAGACAAGCGCACCUCAACAGAGACAAAGACCGAGAGCUGUUACACUUGUCCACAUAUCUCCGGGACAUUGCACAGUACUGUGAUGACUUCGAUACGUUGAAUCAUAAGAAAUGGGAGAAAUAUAAGCCGGAUAAGAAGCAUCAUGCGAGUAAGAGGAAAGCGGAAGAUAGUGCGCCGGGGACGCCUAAGGAAUGACGGUAGGCGUGCGUUUAUGUUUUAGAGUAUGAUUUAAUGGGAUGUUACAAAAAUAGUAUAU